AUGAGGAGUACAUUGGAAGAGGCGAUUGUGGAAACGCGCAGUACGCCUCUCGAAAAUCGACCGCGACUUCCCCGCUUAGCCCUAAGCAAGCGGAAUCAGGCUGUCGUGAGGGCUCUGAACCCAAUGUUGGUUACCUAUUUGGAAGCCAGCCGGGACCUUUGCGAGAUGGACUCAAUUCUUUUUGGCGCCAUACUGGCAGUCUGCCGUAUUAUAGGCGCCAAACUUUCCACGGCUGGACGCGCUACUGGACAAAGUAGUGCUAUCCCAGCCUGGAGAAUAAGAAUUGAAGAACGUAUCGCAAAGGCUAGGGCCCUCAUCGGCAGACUGAUAUGCUUCAGGUCAGGCAAUACCAGGCCAAGGAUUGUGCGCACCGUCAGGAUGGCGUUUGCUGGGACAAAUGUUAGUUUGUCCCAGCCGGAUAUAAUGCAAAAACUGACGGAGCGCAUAGAUGACCUGAAGCAAAGAAUCGCUGCUUGGGGAAAGCGGAUUCGGUGA